AUGAAGACCUUUAUAUACGCCGAGCCAAUGAUUUUCAAUAGAUGCAAGCUAUUCUUAAAUAAAGACGAGUUCGGACUAUCAAUAAAGCAAAAGAGGCAAAGGGAAAGGCUUGCGGUAAUCAAGCUCGAUUCAGCUACACGAGCUAAAGAGUACUUAAAGCAACGUGCCCGAAGGGCGUAUUUAGCUACCAUUUGCUACCUAAAGGCAUCUUGUGCUCUAUCGAUAGCCGCCCAGCAUCAAGAACCAAAGGACGAAGACUACAAAGCCCUUAAUAAGGUGAUCCAAUGGCUGAUCGAUUACCCAACUCGAAAGAUCUAUUACGUGCCCCUAGACCUAAAGACUGCGAAGCUCUUUAUGUUCAUCGGUUUCGUAGCUAUCCUUAGCAAUAAGGCUCACUGCAAGAAGAUAAUAAAAGCAGUAUUAGCCUCUAAGCUAUACGCGAUGUCCUUAAGUAUCGAUAUAGCCAUUGCUAUAUCGAUUACCUUUGUUUAA